AGCACUAGAAGAAGAAGGCCGUCAGUCAGUCUCUUUCUCAAAUGGACUUCUCUUCUUCCUCUUCUUCUUCUUCCUCUUCUACCCCUCCCGAAAAAAAGACACGAAGAAAAUCUUCCCAAGAUACCCCUGGCCGAUUCCUCGGCGUCCGCCGCAGGCCUUGGGGCCGGUACGCUGCCGAGAUACGCGACCCCACCACCAAAGAGCGCCACUGGCUCGGCACCUUCGACACCGCCGAGGAAGCCGCCCUGGCGUACGAUAGAGCCGCACGCUCCAUGCGCGGCACACGUGCGCGAACCAACUUCGCCUACCCCGACAUGCCACCUGGCUCCUCCCUCACUCCCAUCCUCUCCCCCGACGAGUCCGUGCAGAACCUCUUCCCCCCCGCCGGAUGUCAGUUUCCCGGCGCCGGCUGUCACUUUUCCGGCGGUGAGCAGUGGUUUCAGACGGCACUUCCCGACCAACCCAUCUUCAAUUCCACCGAAGUCUAUGGUGGAGCCCACAUUGUGGAUAGGACGGAGCUGCCUCCCCUGCCUCAGUCUCAAACCGCCACGACUGUUCCGUCUGGCGUUUCGGAAGUUACUGGGUGUCUCGGUUCGACCGUAACGGAUCCGACACGUGAGGUGGGAAGUGGUGGUUGGUGCGAUCCACAAGAGCUUUACACGUCCUCGGUGCAGACGGGCGGGUACGAGUCGUUUUUCGGUGUCGGAAGCGAGGAGUAUCUGCACAGCCCGCUUUUCGGCCACAUGCCGCCCGCUACCGAUACGUAUCCUAACGUAACGGAUGGGUUUGAUUUGGGCUCGUCUUCUUAUUUCUUUUAAUGGGUUUUUCGCAAGGAGCUGUUUCGGAGAGGUUUGAGUGGUUAGAGAUGGGUUGUCACGUGACGUGCAUGUGCGAGAGUUUGUGACGUUUCGCUGCAUUUCGGGUUUUUUUGUUUCUCGUUUUUUCUUUUUUUCUUCUAUGAAUGUAUUUCUGCAAUAUCUUCUCACGAUUGAAUCUCAAUCUAUUCCGCUCUUUUGAAUU